AUGCUCGUCCGCCUGGUCAUGCGAAACAUUCUCGAGUAUCUGGAGAAACGGGAGUGGGAGGAAGAGGUGGUUUCGGAUCUUGCUGCGUGCGUCAUGCAACAGGGCUUCUUGCUAAGGACAAGUUUAGAAGAAGACGGCGCUGCUGGCGGAAAGGACGACCCUGGUGAUGGUGAGGGAGAAGAGAUGGAAGAAGGGGAAGAGGAGGAGGGAGAAGCAGGGGGACAGGGUUCAGGGGAGGGUUCAGGGGACGAGGAGGAUGGGGAAGAGGAGGACGGGGAAGAGGAGGACGGGGAAGCGGAGGGCGGGGAAGAGGAGGACGGAGAAGAGGAGGAUGGGGAAGAGGAGGACGCGGAAGAGGAGGACGCGGAAGCGGAGGACGCGGAAGCGGAGGAUGGGGAAGAGGAGGAUGGGGAAGAGGAGGACGGGGAAGCUAAUGCGGAGCAGCAGAAUGGCGUGAAGGAGGAAGUUUGUGGUGGGGAGCAUGAUGACGAGAAAGCAGAAGCUGCUGAAGUGAAACUUAGUGAGCAAUCAGGAAAGAAACAGCACGGGGAGAAGCAGCAGGACUCAACCGCCAAGCGCAAGAGGCAGCCAGCAGCAGCAGCAGCAGCAGCCACAGCAGGGCAGUGGUCCGGGCAAGAACGCAAGGGAAAGAAGGAUGCCGUGGCAAAGGGAGCAGAGAGUGCCGAGAGGAAGGAGCAGCAGACGGUGCAGGGACAAGCAGCCGUAGACUCGUCAUCAUCAGCAGCUGCAGACCCUAUCCCCACUGCUGCAACAGCUACCCUACGAUCAGAUCUUGCCACAGGUGCUGGGAGCGUGGGUGCUCGGAUCAUGGCUGCAGGCGAAUCCGCCGCUGCUGCUGCCGCAGCAGGAAGCGAGGCAGGAGGUCCGGUGACCCGAUCCAAGGACGGGAGAACAGACGCCGAAGCAGUCGGCGUGCAGUCAGCUCCGGCGGGCAAGGCCGGUGGCGCUGCAGGCAGGCGGAAGAAAAAGUGCACUCAAGCCCGGACUAAGCCGGGGCCAAUCAACAUGCGCAUGCUCAUGGCUACUGCAGACACGAGCCCCUCGCAGAUGACUGCCUCUGGGCGGAAGAAGGUGGAUAAAGCUGCCCGCUCGCCUGCUGCCAAGUCCCCUUCUGCUGUGUCGCUGCGCCUGGUUAAUUUCCUGAACCCCAUCCUUUCCUCCCUCAUUCCUUCCGAAGGGGUGGGACAGAUGGGAGAACAGAUGGGGGGAGAACAGAGAGGUGGUCCCUUUCCUUCGCCCCCACAAUCGAACAGCGUUUUGAUUCCCUCUCUGCUCCCCACCAUCCUCCCCCCAGCUCUCUCCCCGGCAUCUGCCCUCCGUUACCCCCAUCCUCUUCCCUGUUUCCCCGUAUCCCCUGCCGUGCUUCCCCCCAUCCUAUCCCCUCUUACCCCCGUAUCCCCUGCCCUGCUUCCCCCCAUCCCCUGCCCUGCCUUCCCCCAUCCCCUUCCCUGCUUCCCCCAUCCCCUUCCCUACUUCCCCCCAUCCCCUUCCCUGCUUCCCCUCAUCCCCUUCCCUGCUUCCCCUCGUCCCCUCCCCUGCUUUCCCCCAUCCCCUUCCCUGCUUCCCCAUCAUCCCCUUCCCUGCUUUCCCCCAUCCCCUCCCUGCUUCCCCCCAUCCCCCUCCCUGCUUCCCCCCACCCCUUCCCUGCUUCCCCCCCUUCCCUUUCCCUGCUUCACCCCAUCCCCUCCCUGCUUCCCCCCAUCCCGUCCCUGCUUCCCCCCAUCCCCUUCCCUGCUUCCCCCCAUCCCCUUCCCUGCUUCACCCCAUCCCCUUCCCUGCUUCCCCCCAUCCCCUUCCCUGCUUCCCCCCAUCCCCUUCCCUGCUUCACCCCAUCCCCUUCCCUGCUUCCCCCCCCCUCCCCUGCUUCCCCCCAUACCCCUCCCUGUUUCCCCCCAUCCCCUUCCCUUCUUCCCCCAUCCCCUCCCCUGCUUCCUCCCAUCCCCUUCCCUGCUUCACCCCAUCCCCUUCCCUGCUUCCCCCCAUCCCCUUCCCUGCUUCCCCUCGUCCCCUCCCCUGCUUUCCCCCAUCCCCUUCCCUGCUUCCCUCCAUCCCCUUCCCUGCUUCCCCCCAUCCCCUGCCCUGCUUCCCCCCAUCCCCCUCCUGCUUCCCCCCAUCCCCUUCCCUGCUUCCCCCCUUCCCUUUCCCUGCUUCACCCCAUCCCCUCCCCUGCUUCCCCGCAUCCCGUCCCGUGCUUCCCCCAUCCCCUUCCCUGCUUCCCCCCAUCCCCUUCCCUGCUUCACCCCAUCCCCUUCCCUGCUUCCCCCCAUCCCCCUCCCUGUUUCCCCCAUCCUCUCCCUUCUUCCCCCCAUCCCCUCCCCUGCUUCCUCCCAUCCCCUUCCCUGCUUCACCCCAUCCCCUCCCCUGCUUCCCCCCAUCCCGUCCCGUGCUUCCCCCCAUCCCCUUCCCUGCUUCCCCCCAUCCCCUUCCCUGCUUCACCCCAUCCCCUUCCCUGCUUCCCCCCAUCCCCUUCCCUGCUUCCCCCCAUCCCCUUCCCUCCUUCCCCCCUGCUGCCUCCCAUCACUCUCAUUCUCCUUCCUCCCGCACUCACACACUCUCAGUCCUCUUGCCUCUCUCUCUCCGUCCUCUCAGCACUCGCACUCCUCCUCACCACCACCCUCAGCCCUCCUUCCCCUCACACCCACCCAUGUCCCACCUGCCUCCCCAUCCCCUGCCUGUCCCUCCCUGCCCUGCCCUUCCUUCUCCAUCCCUUCUCAAAGCCUUCCCUUUCAAUGUCAUGCCCUCACCUUCCCCCUCAUCUUCCGCCCUCCAGUUACCAUGCAUGUGCACCCAUCACUGUCUCCCCAUACCGUGUCAAGCAGAGGGAGCAAGCUGAGGCGCAGCUAG